AUGGCAGUUGAAAAUGAAGUAUCGUGCGAAGAAGAUGAGGAAGAUAUGGACGACCUCUCUGGAAGGCAGAAGAUGAGAGGUCAAAGGGGCAGCAAGAAAACAGCAGAUAAUGACGGAGAUCAAUGGAAAUGUAAUACGGAAAAAGUUGACGAUGGCAGCAGUGAUGUCAAAAGAGAGGAUGAAGUGUGUAUGUCACUGGCGCCGCACGUGUACAAGGAGCAGCUCUCACUGGUUGAGGUGAAUCGAAAGAUUCUGGAAAAUAUCUUAGCGAGCUAUGAGAGCCAGGAGACCGCUGUUUCAUUAAAUGCAUCAAAUGAUUCAAGCACUAAUUCUGAAGAAAGUGAUCAAAAUGAACGAAAGAUGCGAAAGAAGAAAAAGAAUGAUGAGAAAACCGGAAUUAAAAGAGAAAUGGAAGUAGGAAUCGAAGAAGAGUCCUUCGAAAAGGAUAAUGACGAUUGGGAGGAGGUGAAGGACAUGGUCCAGAAGAAAUUAAAACCUAAGAAAGAGAAAUCAGCUGCCAUAAAGGAAGCUUUAAAAUUGCUGCAGACGAAGUUCAGUGACACGGACACGAGCGAGGAAGAGGAGAAAUGCCGGAAAUUAGAGAAAACCCGAGAGGAGGAAAGGCAGGAUCAGGAUGGUGACAUCCUUAGUCGUGGAAAGAAAAGGCAGCACCAGAUCCAGGACUUGGGUGGUUCAGAUUUCGAGAAUGAUGAGGCAUAUAAACUAAAAGCAAAAAGGAAGAAGGAAGAUGAAUGUCAUCACUCCAACGACUACUUUGCCACCCCCUCUCAAAUGGCAGAUUCUGACGAAGAGGACGACAAUGUGGAAGUCACAUCCUGUCAGAACAAUGACUCCCAGAAAAAGAGACAUAGAAGAAAUAUUUCCAAGAUCCUCGAGGAAUCCCAUUUAAAGACGUUCACACAGGAAGCGAUCUUGGAGGAAAGGCACCAUCGUACGAGAAUCUCAGAAAAGUGGAAACACUUCGAUGAGAUGAUGCCGAAGGAGCAGAAGGAAGCCAUGAACCUAUCACUAGCGAACGACGAUCUGAUCCUUGACUUCGACCAGGAGACGAAGGAGCGAGUGCAGGAGACGAAGGAGCGAGUGCAGGUGCAUCCGAUGCUUGCACAGAAGAUGAAGCCACACCAGCGUGAAGGGAUUCGAUUCAUGUUUGAUGCCUGCAUUGAGUCGGUGAGGCGAAAGAACCAGGAGGGUGUUCUUGGCAGUGGUUGUAUCCUGGGUCAUUCCAUGGGUCUCGGUAAGACUCUUCAGGUUGUGGCUUUCCUCCAUACCAUUCUCACAAGCAAGGCACUUGGAUUUAAGACUGCUCUUGUGCUCUGCCCGUAUAACACAGUCCUCAACUGGGACCAGGAAUUCAAAAUCUGGCUGGAGGGAGAAGAACUAAAAAAAAUUGACAUCUUCAAUAUGGCCAACGAGAAAAAUGUCAAGUUGCGCAAGUAUCGUGCAAAACGAUGGCAUCGAGGCGGCGGAGUCAUGAUCAUUGGGUACAACAGCUUUCGAAUACUUGCUAACCCCAGCAACGAGAAAUUGAAAAAAAGGCAUCGAAAGCGGUUCAAGGAAGCUUUCAUAAACCCCGGUCCGGACCUGGUGGUUUGCGACGAGGGGCAUAUCCUCAAGAACGAGAAGAGCCUCAGUUGUCGAAUCCUGAAUCAGAUUCGGACCCGUCGGCGCAUCGUUCUCACUGGAACACCGCUGCAGAACAACCUGAAGGAGUAUUAUUGCAUGAUCCAAUUCGUAAAGCCCAAUCUCCUGGGAACCAUGAAGGAAUUCACCAACCGCUUCGUGAACCCGAUCGAGAACGGACAGCACAGCGAUUCCACAGUGAAAGACGUGAAAGUGAUGAAGCGUCGGUCCCAUGUUCUUCAUGGUUUCCUGAAGGACUGCGUCCAAAGGAAAGGUGAUGGGGCGCUUACGCCGUUCCUGCCUCCUAAGCUGGAAUACGUUGUUAGCGUGCGGCUGAGUCCCAUUCAGAUUGACCUCUACCAACAUUACUUGGAGAAUUACUGUCGGAUCCGGAAAGGGCUGAGAGGUGGCGGGGCAUCCCUCUUCUCCGACUUCCAAGCCCUCUCACGCAUUUGGACCCACCCAAAAACCCUCAUCAUGCAUGAGAAGAUGAUGGAAGUGAAGGCAACUGAGGAGAAAACUCAAUCGUUGUGGUGGAAGAAGAUUAUUGAAGAGUCGGGCGUGGAUGUGGAAGAUUAUGAACUGAGUGGGAAGAUGGUGCUCCUCGCAAACAUCCUUCAUUACUGUGAGAUUUUCAAGGACAAAGUCUUGGUGUUUACGCAGAGCCGCCUUUGCCUUGACUUAGUGGAGCAGUUCCUUAAGUUUCUUGCCUCAAACCGGAACAAAAUCUUUAUGACGCUGGAUCGCGAGACAGUCCUCGAAGAAACUGCCGAAACCCCUGGUGCCAAUGACGUUGGUUCAAAACGAGGAGAGCAAAGCCAGGAGUACGAUCCGCGCAAGUGGUCCUGGGUACAAGGUAGGGACUACUUUCGCAUCGACGGCAGUACAGACGCAUGUACCCGGAGGGACAUCACCACUCUCAUCAACGACCCGGAGAACCAUCGGGCGCGAUUAUUGCUGAUAUCGACAAAGGCUGGUGGAAUGGGUAUCAACUUGGUGGGUGCGAAUCGGGUGGUUAUCCUGGAUACCUCGUGGAAUCCUUCCGACGAUGUCCAGGCACUCUCUCGCGUCUAUCGAAUGGGGCAGCUAAAACAAGUCUACAUAUACCGCUUCUUUGCCAAGGUUAUAUUUUCCCUUACAUGUUCUUUUGGGAAAGGAGUGCUAAGUGUAGAAUUCUGA